AUGGAGCACCCCCUCGAACGGUUACGUUGGGAUUGCUUGCAGUGGAUCUGUCACUUCUUGUGGCCCUCUGUAGCUGCAUGGAUCCCUGAGCGCGAUGCAGGAAACAUCAGCCUGAUAUGCGGGCUGUCCGUUGCCAGGGGUGGCACGCCGUCGCCGUCAAAGCCAUAUCGCCGCCAUCCAUGGGUCCUGCGCGAACCCCAGCUCACCAUCAGUCCUGGGCCCCAGGGCCUAAUUGCCGACGGAAGAAUUCGAGCGCUGAGUGGCCAGAAGCACUUGGCUGAUCUUCGAGAAGGCCUUUGGAAGCCGCUCGUGCAAUCUAACCUGGCGGCGUUAUAUUGCACGGGUGGGUGUGAAUGGCUCAUGCCUGGACACACGGCAGCUUCAGACUGA